AUGCCUCCGCUUGAUACACGAUAUCAAGCUGCGUUACAGCUAAGUGUUGUUGGUGAUUCGUUAGGUUUUAAAAAUGGAGACUGGUCCAAUUGUUCAAGCGGAUUACAAAUUUUCGACGAACUUGAAAAACUUGGUGGAGUAAAUAAUCUUAAUAUCAAACUUCCAGAAUGGACUGUGAGCUCUUACACAUUGUUACGACUUCAUACGGCAUGUAUACUCACCUGUGAGCAGUACCAGAAAGUAACUGGUGAAUUGAUCAUACGAGCAGCGCAACAAUGCAAAUCUUCAGCAAAUUGUUGGGACAUGAAAGACCGAAAUCCUGAUCAGACAUUUAUGGCCGCGCGGGAAAAGCUAAAUCCAAUUAAUGUCAGAGGAUCCUGUGUGCCAUUCGAUCCGAACGGUAUAAGCAGUGCGGCAGCUGUAAGAGGAAUGUGUAUUGGCCUUCGUCAUCCGAAUCCGGCGGAAUUACAUGAUCUUAUUAAGGUUAGUAUCGACUUUGGCCGCAUUUUCACCCAACAGGAUACCUUGGCACUCUGGCUACUGCACUAUUUACAUCAUAUGCAUUACAGAAGAUACCUGUCAGACAAUGGGGGCAUGGACUGA